AUGAUACGAACAUCGCGGCGCCUGAUCACGGCCAGACGCGUCUUGUUUGCCCGCAAUGCUUCCACCGAGACGGCAGCACAACAUGCACCACCCGCAAUACCCGCAGGCCCAGCGCAACCAGUGCAGCCAACGAAUCGGAUACGGACCUUGACACCGGAGCAGAAGCAGUUCCUGGAGACACACGAGACGAACAAGAAGCUGAGGACACCGCCAAGGGGAGGAGAUAGAGGGCUGUACUUGACGGCAUUGGCGUUGCUGCUGGUCAUGCCACCGGCGAGUUACUUCUGGUGGCAGCAUCGGGCAGAGCAUAUGGGUCAGAAGAAGCAGGAGAUGAUGAAAGAGCUGGAGGUGAGGAGGAAGGCUUUUCGGGAGGCGGUACAGAAGUCAUGA